CUUCAGACAAGGUCCUUUGUUUGCAUUCUCCAUGUGGUUCUGGAAGAAAAGACUCAAAAAGUUGUGACCGAUGGCUAAAAUAGAGUGCUGCAGCUAGUCAGGUCCUCCAUUCGCCGGUGUGGUCAGGUUGCUGGGAGUAUGCUCACUCUAGACGGUAACAUGGUUUGUGGUGGCACAUUUUUAUUUCUGUGGUAUUUUAUUUCAAGUGUGUUUGGGUUUAUAAUCAUAUUUUUGCACAGAUAGUGCACUCCUAGUGCUCCAUCAGUGAAUUGUUGACUUCCCAGCUGUAGUACGACUUUCUGUAUCUUCAUCUUUUCUUUCUUGUGUUUUUAAGAGUUUUGUUGUGACCAGCACUAAGAAAAAAACAUCUGCCUUAUCAGCAUAGCCUCCCAAUCUUUUUUUAUUCAACUGAUAGAGUCUUAUACAAUAUUAAACUCACAAUAUCCUUUAAUAUCCAGCUCCGAUAUCACAUAACACUGGACACAUCAGAGACUUCAUCAGGUCCACCUAUUCAAAAGGCCUGUGGGAGUGUAUUGUAUGCACUUAUACCCUGUGAGUUCCCCACUAUGAAUAAAACCUGUAUGAAAUCAGAGUAAAAGGUGAGGAAUGCCAUCAACACUGUUUUGUUAAGUUUAAUUAUCAAAAAUUGUCUAUACACAGUAUAUAUAAUACAGUAUAUAUACACAAUCCACAAAUUUGCAUAUUGUGCCAUGUUGCUGUGCCGUGUCAAAUGUAUUGUGAAUAUCCCCUCCAUCUGUAAGGUGUUGUGUCUGUUGUUCUGCCUGAUUGCAUGUGAGGGCUAAACAUAUCCCUCCUUGAUAGGAAGGAAAACAAAGCACCACCAUAGCAACACUCAAUAACCUAGAAUGUUUUUUGACUACAAUUUAUGAGAUAUUUUUAAAUGUGAGUUGAGAUGUUAAACUGAUGGACUGGGCUUUCCUUUCUUUAGUGUUUUGUUUUGGUUUUGGUUUUUUUGCACACAAAAUGCCUAUAGCUCCAUCUAGUGGUUAGUAGACAGUACAGCAUAUGCUGCUUAUCAGCUCCCUUCAAAAGCCAUUGCCGCUCUUUUUUUGUUUCAUGCGUUUGAUAACACCUGUGCCAUGAUAGUUUAUAAAAAGACAUGUGUUGAAGAGUUAGUUCUUCUACAUUCCCCGGCCAAGUGUUUGUUUAAAUAAAAUACAAUCUCCACUGGCAUACUUGGCAGAACAUUUUCAUUUGUUAGCUGCUGAAGUUUUAAAAUUUAAAAUAAAGAACUAAUACUAGCUUAAAUGGGCAUCUUAAAGUACUUAAAAUGCUAACAUCACAUAAGACAAGUUAAAUCCUAAACACAUACGUCUGUCUUUUGACAAAAAACAUCAGAUUAAUUAGUUCCAGGAAAAAAAACACAAAGGACAGACGUUAGACCUUGAUGUGAGUGUGUAAUUCAGUGUGGGAGGUGUGACUACCUGUGUUUGCAUUGUGGUCACUGCGGCCUUAAGACACAGUUUUCCACUCAAACAUUUACCUGCCUGUCACCCCGACUCUCUUCCUUUAGAGUAAAUGUAGCUUAUGAUGAAAACGAGGUAGUUGAGCAUUAAUAUAUUUGUGAUUACCCACAGCAAAUAUGGACCUUUGAUUUUUUUUUUUUUUUUUUUAGGGCAAGAAAUAGAUGGUUCAAGUAGUCAGAACCUAAACUCAUGUUCACAGCGCAUUCAAAUCAAGUUUAGAAAGUUUUCUUGAGGAUGCAUUAUUGUUUUGUACCUUAACAUAAAAUCUCAGUCUCACAUGUAAAGACCCAAGGAGUGUUAUAUAGUGAAUAACUACACAUUUAUAUUACUGAUGAUGAAUCAACAUAUGUCUGGUAUUUUUGAGAGGGUCUUGCUCAUGCUGCAGUAAGAAAGGUGUGAUUCUGUGCAAGAAUGACACCUGCCCACAGAGUUUCCGUUGUGUGAGGCUUGACUACAAAAGGAGGUGGUGGUGUUCGGGGGCACAGCCAGACACAACGUUCAGCUUUUGCUCCUGCACAAUGACAAUGAUCCACGCAUACUGCAUCAUAUUUUUCUUUCAGCUGCUCUCCCUCACUGGGGCUCCUGAGAGCAGCAUAGUGGGUGGCAAGGUUUCAAAGCCUCAUUCCAGACCCUACAUGGCAUCACUCCAGUUUCGUGAAAACCAUUCAUGUGGCGGUUUUCUUAUUCGGGAGGACUUUGUUUUAACUGCAGCACACUGCAAAAGUGACUCUCAGGCCAUGACAGUGGUACUUGGAGCUCAUGACAUAAGAAAGAAAGAGAAAAGCCAACAAAGGAUCCAAGUGGCCAAGUACCAUCAACAUCCAAAAUUCACUGGAGAAUACGAUUAUGAUAUCAUGCUACUUCAGUUAAAAAAGAAUGCCACGCUGAAUAGGUAUGUGAAGGCCAUCCAACUACCAAAGAAAGAUGGGAAAAUCCCCGCCAACAUUAACUGUACUGUUGCUGGCUGGGGCCAAACUGAACCUGGACCCGGAAAGCCUGCCUCAAAAGUACUGAAGGAGACGACAGAGAAGAUGCAAUUCAUCUUUGAGUGCAAAAAAAUAUGGCAAAAAUACUUCAAUAGUGAUCACAUGAUAUGCACCCAGUUUACCAGAAAGAAGGGAGGGGUUUGCCAGGGUGACUCCGGCGGACCGCUCAUCUGCAACAGCAAGCCUCUCGGAAUAACGGCUUUUACCUUGGCAGAUGAUUGCAACAAUCCCAAGUAUCCCCAUGUCUUCACUAAAAUCAACUUCUUUCUGCCCUGGAUUAAGAAAGUGAUGAUGGGAUAG